UGGAAGAAGCUCCAUCUCAAUGGCUGCAAACGUCUUCUUCAACUUAAUCUUGUUCCUCCCUUUACUCUCUCUGGUGCUAGGGCAUGAAACUAAGAAUUUGGAGCAGUACCCAUUGGUUGUGAGUACCUGGCCGUUUGUUGAGGCUGUAAGAGCUGCAUGGAGGGCUGUUGAAGGUGGGUCUUCAGCUUUGGAUUCCGUGGUUGAAGGUUGCACGGCUUGUGAGGAACUGAGGUGUGAUGGAACAGUUGGUCCAGGUGGAAGUCCAGAUGAGAAUGGAGAAACUACAAUUGAUGCUUUGGUCAUGGAUGGGGUGACUACCAAUUACCAAGUGACUAUGGAUGUAGGAGCUGUUGCUGCCAUGAGAUAUGUAAAGGAUGGGAUCAAGGCUGCUAGGUUAGUAAUGCAACAUUCUGAGCAUACUUUACUGGUGGGAGAGAAAGCGUCAGAAUUUGCAAUUUCAAUGGGCCUACCAGGCCCCAUAAACCUGAGUUCAUCAGAAUCUAUUGAGAAGUGGGCCAAAUGGAAAGAUAAUCACUGCCAACCAAAUUUCAGGAAAAAAGUAUUUCCGGCAAAUAGCUGUGGUCCUUAUCAUCCAAUAAAUUAUCGAGCGCUUCUUGAUGAAACAUGCUCCAAUACUGAUCAGAUGCUAACUACUAAUUCAAGAUUACUUCAUGUUGGCCAUCACAGCCAUGAUACUAUAUCAAUGGCUGUUAUUGAUAGAAUGGGAAACAUUGCUGUUGGCACAUCAACUAAUGGGGCAACAUUCAAGAUUCCUGGCAGGGUAGGUGAUGGUCCUAUAGCUGGAUCCUCAGCAUACGCUAUUGAUGAAGUUGGUGCAUGUUGUGCUACUGGGGAUGGUGACAUCAUGAUGCGCUUCCUUCCAUGCUAUCAAGUUGUGGAAAGUAUGAGGUUGGGAAUUGAACCCAAACUUGCUGCCAAGGAUGCAAUAGCAAGAAUAGCGAGAAAAUUUCCAAAUUUUUUGGGAGCUGUUGUUGCCCUUAAUAAAAAGGGGGAACAUGCUGGUGCGUGUCAUGGUUGGACAUUUAAAUACUCUGUAAGGAGCCCUGCAAUGAAAGAUGUGGAAGUCUUUACUGUGCUACCCUGAAAGAGAGACCGUUCAAGAAAAUAAUCUUCCAACAAUUAAAUUGAAAUCGGAAAUAGUAAACAAACAUGGUCAUCAACACCACCCAACCUCCAAAGAAGAAGAAAAUCCCAGACUUGAAGUGGCAAAGCAUGGAAAGAAAAGUCUGAGCAACAAUGAAAGUG